AUGGAGCAGUUUAUACUGAGUGUCAUCACACAGCACUUAGAGCAUGGCCAGGGUAUCAGACCGAGCCAGUGUGGGUUUCGGAGGGACAGGUCGCGUUUGACCAACCUGAUCUCCUUUUAUAAGCAGUGGCUGCUGGCCUGUGUCAGGAAGUGUGGCCAGCAGGAGCAGGGAGGUCAUUCUUCCCCUGUACUCGGCACUGGUGAGGCCACACUUGGAGUUCUGUGUCCAGUUCUGGGCCCUCAGUUUGGGAAGGACAUUGAGACCCUUGAGUGUGUCCAGAGGACAACGAGGCCGGUGAGGGGCUGGGAACACAAACCCUGUGAGGAAUGGCUGAGGGAGCUGGGCUUUAACAUGGAAAAAAGGAGACGCAGGGGUGACCUUAUCACUCUCUACAACUCCCUGAAAGGUGUUUGUGGUCAGGUGGGGGUCGGUCUCUUUCCCCAGGCAGCAUCUGACAGAACAAGAGGACACACUCAAGGGAAAUAUAGGUUGGAUAUUAGGAAAGUUUUUACAGAAAGGGUGAUAAAGUAUUGGAAUCAUCUGCCCAGGGAGGUGGUGGAGCCACCAUCCCUGGAUGUGUUUAAAAAAAGACUGGAUGUGGCACUUGGUACCAUGAUUUAUUUGAGUGGAGGCGGGGCCUCUCCCGCUCCCCGCGUCCAACGGCCGGCCCCGCCACGCCUCGCCAUUGGUUGUCGCUGGGGCAGAGCGGCCGCCCCGCCCGCCGCCAUUGGCUGGCGGCGAGGCCGGGGUUCCCGGAUGCGGCCGCGCGCUGCGGUUAUAAAGGGCCGGGAGAAGGCGGGAGUGGGCGCAGUUUGA